AUGACUAAUGACCGUGGAGAUACUUCUCUAGACAAAACGCAAAGCUCCAAAAUAGUGAUCUCAAGUGAUGAUGAAGAGGAUGAUACAGCGCAAAACAAGGCUAAAAAAUCCAGAUGCGAUUCGGGAAAUUAUGUUGACAACUCCAUGGAAUGCGAAACCGAAAGUAGAGUAAACAGCAACGUCAUCAACAACAACAAGAACAAGAACGACAAUGACAACGACACAGAGUCACCAAAAAGGAAUAAAGACACUCCUUCUCCAGUGAGAGGGAUAGCUAAAUACAAAUCCACGGACAAGGGACCUUUUUAUAUCUUUGUUCGUGAAGUAAAAGAAAAAGCUGAUGAUAAACCAGUAAGUUUUUUAAAAGUUGCUCGCAAACUAUCAAAGCUUACAAUUUGUUUUAGUGACAUUACGCAGAGCUCACGAAGCACUUGGAGAUUACUUUUUCAUUCUAUCAAAGAGGCUAACAAAUGUAUUGACAUUCAAGAACAGUUUAAACUACUUGGGUUGGAAGUUUUUAUCCCAAACUUUAUUCGAUUCCAGAAAGGUGUGCUUCGUGGUAUACCAUUAGAUAUGAGUGAUGCUGAGAUUAAGGAGGCCAUCAACCAAGAUUUGUCCAACGUCCGGAUCACGGAGGUUUUCCGAAUGAAGAGAAAGACCAAAGACCAAUGGACACCAUCUAGAGCUGUCUGUGUCACAUUUGAAGCGAGUAAAUUACCUAAUUAUGUCAAGAUGUGGGGCGCUCCAAUGCGUGUAGAUGAGUACACUCCAUCUGUCCGUAUUUGUUACAACUGCGGAAAAUUAGGACACAUUGGUGCCAAAUGCACUAAAGAGAAAGUGUGCCUUCAAUGUGGCCAACAACACGCCGUUGAGAAAGGUGAAAAGUGCACGAUGCCUAAAUCGUGUGUCAACUGUAAAGGUGAACACAAUACACUGGACCAUUGUUACCCAAGUCGUCUUGCAGAAGUAGAAACCAAACGGAUCAUGUCCAGAGAUAAGGUCUCUUUUCUAGAAGCCAAAAAAUCUCUGAGUAACAACCAUCAGAACACCAAUGUGGUACAACAACAACAACAACGUACAUCUUCCGGGUCUCUGGUCAGAUCAAGAAGGGAUUUUCCAUCCCUCCCUGCCAACAGCCAACCCCUCAAAGAUUUUUCGGCGAAGACAUUUGAAAACAAGCAGCAAGAGAAUGCAUGGAGUCAGGUGAGGAAAGAACGUGAAUCGUCAGAAGUUCCAGCCCAAGAAGCUACGUCGAUAGUGGAGAAGAAUGUUCCAGAUGUCAUAGUAGAUUCACUGCAAAGGCUUCUGAAGGCGUUGGUCGAAGCUCCUGAUGCUAUAAAGCUAAUAGAACGUAUCAUGAGAACUGUCAAACUACAUUAUGAGUGCACAACACCACAAUAA